CAACACAAACACAACGACCAUAUCAACGAUUUCGUACGGAUUCCUCUUCAAUAACCUUCACCAAUUCGAGUAAAAUUCGAGUUCUACAAACACACAAGAUUCUACUACAGACUAAUGCAGCAACGAUCCUUGACUUUACCAUAUUUUUGUAGCUAAUUUGUUCCCUUUCAUUUUCCAAAUUACGAAUCCUUCAAUUCUUUGCAUAGUCCCUUUUCAAAAUAGAUGCUGUUGUUACCAUAACCCAGAACCAAUUACCAUUCCAAACUGCCCCUCCUUCACCGCCCCACUUCAACAGACAAAAGAAGAUUUAUUUCGACUUGACUUCUGCGUCCUUUGCCCUUUCAAUAUCAAGCAUAUUCGACAAUGGAGAAUUACCAAAAGUUGGAGAAGAUCGGAGAGGGUAUGUUCUAUAUGCGCCAAGCCCUCAGCAAAAACAUAGCGAAGAGUCUUUUGUUUACUAGACAACGCUGUACUUUCUACUAACAUCAUCCACGCGCAGGUACCUAUGGUGUUGUUUACAAAGCCAAGGACCUUUCCCACUCAGGGCGUAUCGUUGCAUUGAAAAAGAUUCGACUCGAGGCUGAAGAUGAAGGAGUUCCUAGUACCGCCAUUAGAGAGAUUUCCCUUCUCAAGGAGAUGAAUGAUCCAAAUAUUGUUCGACUCCUUAAUAUCGUUCACGCAGAUGGCCAUAAACUAUACCUCGUCUUCGAGUUCCUCGACCUUGAUCUCAAGAAAUAUAUGGAGGCUCUCCCGGUUGCUGAUGGUGGCAGGGGUAGAGCUCUACCGGAAGGAUCCGGUCCAGACUUGGGUAGAUUAGGUUUGGGUGAUGCUAUGGUUAAGAAAUUCAUGAGUCAGUUAUGCGAAGGUAUUCGAUAUUGUCACGCACAUCGGGUUCUUCACCGAGAUCUCAAGCCACAGAAUUUGCUCAUUGAUCGAGAAGGUAACCUUAAGCUUGCGGAUUUUGGUCUUGCUCGUGCCUUUGGUGUACCUCUUCGAACAUAUACCCACGAAGUUGUUACCUUAUGGUACCGUGCUCCUGAAAUUCUUCUUGGAGGUCGACAAUACUCUACUGGUGUGGAUAUGUGGUCUGUUGGAUGUAUUUUUGCAGAGAUGUGUACAAGAAAACCUCUGUUCCCUGGUGAUUCUGAAAUUGACGAGAUCUUUAAGAUCUUCAAGUAAGACACCCAACUUUCGAAAUUCACAUUAUCUACGCCAAUGGCACUCAUGACUAUACCUUCAGCUAGCUAACAUAUUUCUAGGCUUUUAGGUACACCCAAUGAUCAAGAAUGGCCCGGUGUCAGCGACAAGACAUGUUUCCCCGAUUUCAAGCCAUCGUUUCCAAAAUGGCAACGCGACAUGAGCCAGCCCCUUUGCACGAAUCUCGAUGAUAAUGGAUUGGACCUCCUCGAAUUGAUGCUUGUCUAUGACCCAGCUGGACGUAUUUCUGCCAAGCAAGCAUGCGCACAUCCAUAUUUCGAAGAAGGGAGCUCUGCAUACUCUGGACGAGGUUUAGGAGCCACAUACAAACCCACAAAUGGAUACCACUGAGGACUGAAGCAUACCAAUAGAAGCAUACAUUGGAUGAUUAUGAGUUUGUGAUAAGAUGAGCUGAGAUGAUUUAUGAUAUGAGGGGCAACGGGAUGUGAAGAGCACUGAAUGAAACGAAUGAAUGGUUAGGGGCGGGCGAGAAAAAGAUGAAAUGAAUAGAGCUUAUAGCUAAACAUAAAAUAGCCAUGAGCUUCAGGAUAAGAAUUGCAUACAUGGAGGGGUU